CGGAAACGCGUCCUUGCCGGGGACAAAAGCCUCCCGUCACCUCCCCUCCCCCCGCUCCGCCCACGCCGUUCUCCCCUGUCCCUUUUCACACGCCCCCGACGCAACCGCAUCGCCGCGGGAUAUAUCCUCCCCUCCACCGCCUCCACCCCCGGCUCCCCCCACCUCCGCAGCCAGCCUGAUCCAGCGCCGCCGCCGGCCCCCAGCAGCUUUGCUCUAGCAGCCCAGAUGUUCCUCACCGAGAAGUGCAGCUCGCUCCUCCCGCCCCACCACCACCACUCGGACGCCGCGCCGCCCAAGGCCAGCCGCCGCAGCCGCCAGCGGCAGCAGCUGCUGACGGCCACCAAGGCGGCCUGCUUCGACGCGGCGCUGGCCGCGCGCCUCCGGGGCCUGCUGCCGGGUCCGGCUCCCUCCUCCCCGCUCGCGGCGCUCGCUCGGCUCGCCGACCUCCUCGCGCUCACGCUCGCGGAGGCGGCGCCCGCGCUCGCCGGCGAGGGGGACGCGGCCGCCGUCGCGGCGCACCUCGACGCCGGCGUCGCGCUCCUCGACGCCUGCAACGCCAUCACCGCGCGCCUCGAGCGCCUCCGCCGGCGCCGCCUCCUCGCCCGCUUCGCGCUCCACCUGCUCUCGUCGUCGCCGGCCGGGCGCGGGCGCGCGCGCGCGGCGCUCGCGGACCGCGACGGCCGCAGCUCGUCGUCCCCGCCGCCGCCGCUCCCGUCCCUCCCGUUCGACCAGCCCCGCGGCCGCCUCUCCGCCGCCGCGCGCGUCCUCGUCGCCGUGAGCGCCGUCUCCUCCCUGGCCGCCGCGGCCGCGGGCGCCAUCCUCGGAGAAGCCUUCCUCGACGCGGCCGCCUUCCCCCGCGUCUCCGGCGGCGACUUCCCCUGGGCGGAACCCUUCAACGCCGUGUCCGGCCAGCUCUCCGCGCUCGCCGCCCCCGGCGCCAGCGAAGUGGACGCCAUCGACGAGGCCGUCCAGAGGCUCGCGUCGGCGCUCGACGGCAAGGGCGGCGUCGACGAGGCGGCGGUGCGCGCUGCGGCGCAGGAGGUGGAGAGGCGCACGGAGGAGAUGACGGCGCGGCUGGACCGCCUGUCGGACGCCGUCAACGGCGUGUUCCGCGCGGCGCUGGGCCUCCGCAACGCCGAGCUCGGCAGCUUCAUGGUCGGACCCGGCGGGAAGACGUGUGCGUAGCCCUUUUUUCCCCCCGAAAAGCAGAUGUGUGCGUAGCUGCCAGUCUGCCACUCGACCUCUGCCUGCAAGCGUGUGCGUAGUUGUACAUGUGGCUAUAGGAUGCUGCUACAGUUGAGUUCUACCGUGUUCUGCUGCAGGGCAGUCAGUCUGGGUUUGGUUCUCCAUGUGGCGAUAGGAUGUCGUAGCCGAGGCAGGUUUGGUUGGGCGAAUCUGUUGGUAAAGUUGUGUGUCAAAGUGGAGGCCACAUACGAGGAUACUUGCAUUUUGCGCCCUUUUGUACAUGUCGAAUCCAAAUGUAAUGUUGAGGCGUAAUAGUAUGACGAAAUAUUUGAGAUGCA